CGCUGGGUUUGGUUCAGACCGAUGAUGUCACACCGCUUCGCCGUCUUUGGGAGAAAUCCAUUUCCUGGUUCGCCCUGCUGAGUGGGCGUGGCGUCUGCCCUCCCGACGGACAUGCUGUGUGACGACCUGACUUCCCGGAUUUGACAGUUUCAUUUCGGACUUAUACCAGCACUACAGAGUGAAUAGGAGACGUUGAGGCAAUGAGGAUAACUUAUUCCUGGAGGUUAGUGAAGUUACUCACCGUUUCCGCUGUGCUCGUCCUGUCCGCUCAGAUCUUAGUGAGUAGACUAACACUGAGGAAACAUCCGCCAAAGCCAAAUCCCCUUCCUGUGGAGGAGUACAGGGUAAUAUCCCCUGAAACAUACCAGUAUAUUCUCAAUCAGCCUGCUGUAUGCAAGGACAGAAGCCCCUUCCUGGUUUUUAUGGUCCCAGUUGCCCCUCUAGAGGCUGUAGCGAGGGAUGCCAUCAGGAAAACAUGGGGCGCUUCAGGUCAGGACACCCUGACUCUGUUCUAUGUGGGGCUCCCUGAGGGGGGGCAGGUGUCAAGUAUCCAGGACAAGCUGGAGGAGGAGAGCAGGAAACAUUCAGACAUCAUCCAGAUGAACUUCCAGGACAGUUACCAGAACCUGACAAUUAAGACCAUGGUGAUGAUGAACUGGCUGGCGACCCACUGCCCGAACGCCUCCUAUGCCAUGAAGGUGGACGCUGACAUCUUUGUGAACGUGUUCUACCUCAUCAGACGGCUGAGAAGCUCCCCCAGGCAGGGCUUCAUCACAGGGUCAGUGAUAAGUGAUGGCAGGCCAAGGAGGGACAGUAACAGCAAAUGGCAUGUGUCAGAGGACCUGUACCCCGAGGACAGCUUCCCCCCAUAUGUGUCUGGAGCCGGGUAUGUCUUCUCUGCAGACCUGGCUGCCAGGAUCUCCUGGGCAUCCAGGUUUAUCCGGAUGAUCCCCCUGGAGGACGUGUACGUGGGGUUGUGUUUGCGUGUGCUGGGCGUCCGGCCGGUGUACUCCCGCAGCCUGCUGACCCUCAGGAACCUGUUUGAAGUUGGAAAGUUGGAGUACGACAGGUGCACUUUUGCCAAACAGGUCAUUGUCAACGGGUUUAAGCCAUCACAACUGCUGCACAUUUGGCAGGACUUCUCCAAAGGCCACACUAGCUGCUGACAGCAAAGAUGGCCAAGCAUGAGCGCUUGAAACAAGGUUUCAAAUAAUAAGAAGUAGCCUGUUGUAAAGGAAGGAAAGCCAUUAGACACAGCCAUUAGGGUGCUCAGGUUAAAGGGUGAUGGGGCAGUGGGUUUAGUUGUAAGAAGACAUUAAUUAUCAGGAAAUGGGGCAUUUUACAGAGAUAUAAAAGAAUGUAGUUCUGAAACAAUUUUGUGAAUGAAUCGAUUAGUCAAUCUGCAAACAAUUAAUUGACAACAAUUUUGAUAAUCAAUUAAUCCUUGAAGUCAGUGGUUCCCAUCAUGGGGUCUGGACCCCCCUAGGCAUCGCGAGACAGGAAAUAGACAUUUUUCACAAGACAUUUGACAUGUCACAGUAGGAAAAGCACAUUUGAAAAAAAAAAAAAAAAAAAAAAUCAUAUGAAAGCCUGCUGAAUUCCAUUUAGCUGCUUCAGUUUCAGGGUCCUGGUAUUGUGCAUGCCGGUUCAGUGUAUAGAACAGAGCCAUCAUCAAUGUUAUUAGUAAUACCUGUGCUUUUCCUACUGUGAUAAGUUAAAAUGUCUACAAGAAAAAAAACACACAUUUCUGCUAAACAAAAUUUUCUCUAAUCUUUUUUUUCUGCAAAAUACUGGUUUAAUUAAACUGCUCUUAAUCAUAGACAUGUGCAACCGGUUACAUGGGACUCUUGAGCAAAUUACUUGUUUUUUUUCUGACCAACACUCCAAACCAAAAGAAAACUUGCUGGUUCCAACUUCUCAGAUAUGAGAAUUUGCUGCUUUUCUCUGUUUUACACAAUAUCAUCGCAAAUUGAGUAUCUUUGGGUUUUGGACUGUUGGUUGGAUACGAAUCUGGCAAAUAGUGAUAUAAUUUUUCAUUAAUUUCUGACAUUUUAUAGACUAAACAAUUAAUAAAAAUAUAGAAUAUCAGAAAAAUGUGGAAAAUUGCCAUCAUAGUUUACCAGAGUCCAAUGCUUGUUUUGUCUGACCAACAGUCCAAAACCCAAACACACUCAGGCUACAAUCACAUCAGCAACACCAACAUAUGUUUGUCCAACAUAUGUUUUAUAUUUUAUGUGCACCCGUGAAGCACCUUGUAACUCUGGUUGCAUUAAAUGGAUUUUAGCCCGAGAGGAAGCAACACUCUUGUAGUCCUUUAAAGAGACAAGCUAUUUACUGCAGGCAGUCAAGGUGCUUCAACUUCUUUAUCCAAAGUGCUGGAAAAGUCAUAUUACUUUAACUUCUGGAGGUCUGUCCGAGAGGUGGGCAGAUGACUCUCAUCACUCUCAGAAUUUGCAGUUUACACCAAAGACUGUUUGACAAUCGAUCCAUUUUACUGCCUCGCACUUAUUCCUCAGUUAGUGCCGGAUGGGUUUGGGGUCCACGUGCACAGUAAAUUACAUGGAGCCACAUUACCCAGCAAACAUUAUGUUAAAAAAUAAAGAUAAAAAAUUGACUUGCUACAUUGAACUGCUACUAUAUAAUAUAAAGGGCUUCACAUAAUGUAUACUUUAUAAAAUAACCUGCAUCUUCUUUAUCAGGUUGCUGUGCCUAUUUAUUUAUAGUAUGUAUCUUAUGACAGUGUGCCUAUUUAUGUAUUAGUUGUAGUUACACAUGACAACCAGCUGGUGGCAGUAUGUGCCAGCAGAUGACGUGUAGUUAUGCUUAAUAGUGCAAAUGGAUAUUGCUGGUGAUUCAGUGCCUAAUGCAGUUGGACUGUGGCCUUUAGACAGUGAUAAUUAUGAAGAAAAUAAUUCAUUUUGCUCUCAUAUAGCAUUUAAUUAUAUAUUUUUCAGUAUUUACCAAAAUGCCUCAUCUAUUUUAUACAUCAUCACUGGAUAUUGAAGCUAUAGUUUUUACUGCAUUUUUAUGAGAAAAUAUACUGCAUCCAUUAUGAUUUAUCAGUGUAAUUCAGUCCAUCACCGUGUUGUUACUGCUGCUAUUGUUUUGCUAUUACUACUGCUGCUGCUACCUUGGGAUCACUGGAGAGUUUUAGUUUGUCAUGCUGGCAUAAAUGCUGUUUCCAUCCAGACAAAAUAAAAGUCUUGGGCAAAUAUUGAA